CGUCCAUGGAAGAAGUCAGCAAGAAGCGCGCCAAGCGGCUCGAGAAGAAGCGGGAGCGAUCUGAGAAGAAGGCACAGAGCGUGGCGGACGGGACAUGGACGAAUCCUCGGAAGAGACGCAAUCAGCGGGACUUCCAUUGCGAAACCAGGGAUUCCGUGGACGACAUGGCGAAUGAAACCACCUCCGAGACGAAACCCGACGGGUUCCGCUACGUCGCGCCGUACAAACACAAGUUCCAAGUGCAUGUGAAGGCACGAUGGUUCGGCAAAACGCUCCUUCAGAUGUUCGUGGAAGAGUUUGGCGGAUACAGUUCCGAGUACUACGCCGCUGCCAUUCAACACGGCUUCAUCACGAUCAACCACCUCCCCACGACCGCGUCGACACUUGUCAAGCACGGCGAUCUGCUGCAGCAUGUGAUGCAUCGCCACGAGCCUCGCGUACAAGCGUUCGAUGCGGCGACGAUGGUGGCAUUUCAAUCCGACGAUAUUGUCGUCGUGAACAAACCAUCGACGAUUCCUGUCCAUCCAUGCGGCGCGUACAGACACAACAGCCUCGUGUUCAUCCUCGCCAACGACCUCCACCUCCACCCAGUGUUUCCCGUGCAUCGACUCGACCGACUCACUUCAGGCCUGCUUGUACUCGCCAAAUCAGCCGACAAGGCUGCAGAGUUGUCGGCCCAACUGGUCGAACGGUCAGUGCAAAAGUUCUACUUCGCCAAAGUACUGGGACGCUUUCCUUCCGUGGCUCAUGUCCCGCCCGCUAUUGCCGCCGCCGCCGAGGUCGAUGCCGCCGUUCCAUCGCCUGCCGCAUCCCCUUCAUCCACGUCGUUAUCGUCGUUUCCAUUCCAUGACCUUCCCCCGCACUGUACGGUGACGACGGCCGAAUUGGACGGACACGCGUACUUUCACAUUUCCGCGCCGUUGGGCCGCAUCGCGGACUUGGAGAAUCGCCACGGAAUCGUCGCGACAGGCAAAGUAUGUACACUUUGCUAGACAAAUACUAGAGUAUUGGUCAAUACUCGAAUCGUAGCCAAGCCAGACGUUGGUGCGGUGGGUCGGCGAGAGCGCCGACGGCCGCCACAGCGUCCUCCACUGCCUCCCGCUUACAGGUCGCCAGCAUCAGAUCCGAGUGCACCUGCAGGCCGUGGGCUUCCCCAUCGCCAACGACCCGCUGUACGGCCCCCCGACCUUUGUCGACACGAUCGUCGUUGAAGCCAGUCGUCGGCCAAUGGCAUCGACGAACGACACGCGUGACGUGGCAGCGUCACACGACCCCGCGACGGUCACAGCGGAACAACUAGCUGCCGUGUGCGAGUCGUGCCAGAUGGGCGAUCACGUCACGUUCAACUGGGAGCAACAGCACUGCCAAGGGAUUUACUUGCAUGCGUUUCGGUAUAAGGGAACGUCGUGGGACUUUUCCGUGCCCCCGCCUUCUUGGGCCGCGUUGGUGUAGCUGGAUAUACGCUCUCCAUAAAUAGAAAUUCCACGAGUAUUCUGAAAUAAUACUCUAUUAAUAGAGACUAUUCCAAUGGUCAUCUAUGAAUAAUAUAUCCGAGCACGAUUCCGAUUUCUAUAAAAGAGGACAAGUUCCACUGGCAUUUGCUUGGCACGAGGUUGCGACGAUCGAUACCCUCUCCGUAUCCCAUCAGAUCAAGGGGGUUUCUUCAUGCCCAAAACCUCCAGCUUGUCUAGAUGCGCCUGCAGCAACGUCACUGCCGGGGCUUCCCAGUACUCCCAUGCUGGAUAGCCUAGCGCGUCCUCCGCGGCCAUCGCGGCGCCGUGGUCCAGCAGUAGCUUGGCGCAUCCGACGUUCCCGUGUAUUGCCGCGCAGUGCAGCGGCGUCCACUUGGACCGAUCUCGUGCUUCAAUAUUGGCGCCUCCCAGCACGAGAAAGCCAACCUGUUGUACCCAUCCAAAUUUUCAACAUGCAUAAAGUCAUAUGAACAACAUUCCUAUAAAUAUGGAUUCAUGUAACGAGGACAUACGC